CUUACCCGCACCGAAACACUCACUGGAGGUACACGCUAUAUCCAUACCCUUUUCUGGAUUUAAUCAGUAUAGAUGGCGGCUUCAAACAAGCAGUUAACGUCGUUUUUCAUAGAGGAUAUUCUAUCUUUAAAAGCCGACCAGAGAAAUGACUCAUGCGAAUCUAAGAGCAGCAGAGGAGAAAGCGACAGCACUGACAGACGAACAGAUUCAGCUGUCAUCACGGUUUGUCGGAGUGCUGAGGAUAAAGCGGCGUCGUUGACGGAGAUGACAGGCGGCGGCGGGAAAAAGAAGCGCUCUCGCGCUGCCUUCACGCACCUGCAGGUGUUGGAGCUCGAGGAGAAGUUCAGCCGUCAGAGGUACCUGAGCGCGCCGGAGCGCGCGCACCUCGCCAGCGCGCUGCACCUCACGGAGACUCAAGUCAAAAUCUGGUUUCAGAACCGGAGGUAUAAAACCAAACGGAAGCAAUUAACGACAGAGUACGACAAGGACUACUUUCAUAAACCAGACGGAACCCCUUUGGUUACUACGGAGGGGGAAUUUCUCAGAGCAUCACUUUUAGCGAGAGUUUAUAAAUCAUAUCCAUACAGGCCCUAUGUGUAUGACAUACACGGUCUGAGUGUAUGGAGACCAGCACUCUGAUGACAGGGACAUUAAACUGGACUUUGUCAAUGUUCUCACAUUAUUGUGCAUACUAUUCUUUAUUAUUAUUAUUAUUAUUAUUAUUAUUAUUGAAUAUAUAUUGUACAGCUUUGUAUUAUGUGUAAUAAAGUAUAUUUUUGAAAGGUGUAAGUAUUGAGUGUGAAUGAGAUUAUAGCCCUGAAAGCCCCUCACGUUUCUUUGAAACCCAUCAGACAUGAAAGAAACUCUUUAAGAACUAA